AGGUGUGGCUGAGGUAGGAGUAUCCGUCCCUGACACCAUCACGGAGUGGAAGGCAGGGGCCCUCUGCCUGUCCCAAGACACUGGACUUGGUCUCUCUCCCACUGCCUCUCUCCGAGCCUUCCAGCCUUUCUUUGUGGAGCUCACGAUGCCCUACUCUGUGAUCCGCGGAGAGGCCUUCACACUCAAGGCCACUGUCUUAAACUACCUUCCCAAAUGCAUCCAGGUCAGUGUGCAGCUGAAAGCCUCUCCAGCCUUCCUAGCUUCCCAAAAUGACAAGGGAGAAGUAUCCUAUUGUAUCUGUGGAAAUGAGUGCCAAACUUUGUCUUGGACAGUAACUCCUAAAACUCUGGGGAAUGUGAACUUCUCAGUGAGUGCAGAGACAGUGCAGUCCCUAGAACUGUGCAGAAAUGAGGUUACUGAAGUCCCUGAGAUUGGGAGGAAAGACAUUGUCAUCAAAACCCUACUGGUGGAGGGCAUUGGACCUCAGAGCAGUUCUGCCAGCCCUGUGGCAGUGGUGGAGACUCAGGGGUGGGGUCUUGGGGUCCAGAUGCAGUGCUGGAAUCUCAGGGACAGUGUUCUGAGCCUGGCUGUAACUCUGGAGCCACAGGAGCAGAACCUCAGGCUCCGGCAUGAGAGCCCCAGAGCCAGGACUGGAGAGGAGCCAGAAACAGGGCUUCUGAGCAGGGGCUCAAAGCUGGAAGCACGGCCCUCCAGGCAGCAGGCUGAUCCAACCUGCAGGGCAGAGGCAGGGCCAAGCAGGCUGUUCUUCAGGCUUGGCCCAGGGACUGCAGAGUUCUACCCACUCCCCGAGGACUUGCUAAAGCAGUUGCCCAAAGCUUCCCAGGUCAAAGCCUGUAGCGCCCUUGUCAACCCCUGUGCUCAGAUCCCCCUGUACUAG